AUGCCUCUUCUCCCGAUGCCUGGCUCCCCUGCUGCCUCCUGGGCUGUCUACCGUGCUCGUCUCAAAGCUGUCUUUGAUGGCGCAGAUCCACGGGUAUGCGCAGCGUUCUGGUUGUUUGGCCUCAUCAACAACGUGCUCUACGUCAUCAUCCUCUCCGCCGCCCUCGACCUCGUAGGUCCCAACGUCCCAAAAGGCGUCGUCCUCCUCGCAGACGUCAUCCCCUCCUUCCUCACCAAGCUAUGCGCGCCCUACUUCAUACACAAGAUCCCCUACAACGUGCGAAUCCUCGUCUUCGCCGCCCUCUCAGCAUGCGGCAUGCUCAUCAUCGCCCUCACUCCCCCGCUGCAGGACUCGCGCACAAUCGCCAUCAAGAUGUGUGGAGUGAUGCUUGCGAGUCUGAGCAGUGGAGGGGGUGAGCUCAGCUUUCUGGGACUCACGCACUACUACGGGCACUUUGCGCUUGCUGCUUGGGGCUCGGGGACGGGAGGGGCUGGCUUGGUCGGUGCUGGAGCGUAUGCGAUUGCGACGAAUACGCUCCAGAUCAGCCCCCGUACCAGUUUGUUGUGGUUCUCUUUCCUUCCUCUGAUCAUGCUUGUCAGCUUCUUUGGCGUUUUGCCGUUAGGUCCUCUUCGUGCUGGGUCAGGGAAGGUUGGUGGGUAUGAAGCUGUUGAAAGUGAGGAACAGAACGAAGAAGACCAGAGCCUCCUAUCACCUGCCCAUGAACGCGAUGCCACCUCCGUCAACGACCAAGGUAUCAGCGGUGCAGCAAACAGUUUCAAAGCCAACCUCAACCGCGCCAAAGGACUCUUCUUCCCAUACAUGCUCCCCCUCCUCCUCGUCUACAUCGCCGAAUACACCAUCAACCAAGGCGUAGCACCCACACUCCUCUUCCCCCUCCCCUCCACCCCCUUCACCUCCUACCGCUCCUUCUACAGCACCUACGCCUUCAUCUACCAAAUCGGCGUCUUCCUCUCCCGCUCCUCCACCCCCUUCCUCCGCAUCCACGCCCUCUACAUCCCAUCAUUCCUGCAAAUCGCCAACCUGGGCCUCCUCACACUACACGCCCUGUUCGACUUCCUGCCCAACUACUACGUCGUGUGUGUGGUUAUCUUCUGGGAGGGCUUGCUCGGCGGAUUGGUCUAUGUUAGUACUUUUGCGGAGAUUACGGAUCAUGUGAAGAAGGUGGAUAGGGAGUUUAGUCUGGGCGCGACGAGU